AAAAACCCCCGGAGAACAACAAUGCCUUUUGGUUUAGCAGGGUUGAAGGAGCAGGUGUUUAAACCAGGGAAGGAAGAGGUGAAGAACACAGUGGGAGACUCUCUGGGAAAACUGCAAAGGAAAAUAGAUGGCAGUAAUGUGGAAGAAGAGGGGAAUAUUGAGCUGACAGAGGAUGGGAGACCGGUGGCAUCAACGCCACGCCCCGCGCCGCUGCUGGACUGCAGCUGUGGCGGCCUGCCUAAGCGUUAUAUCAUCGCCAUCCUCAGCGGCCUGGGCUUCUGCAUCUCCUUCGGCAUUCGAUGCAAUCUUGGUGUGGCCAUCGUGGAGAUGGUUAACAACAACACCGUCUAUAUAAAUGGGACCCCGGUGCUUCAGAAAGCUCAGUUUAACUGGGACCCAGAGACGGUGGGGCUGAUCCAUGGCUCCUUCUUCUGGGGCUACAUCGUCACUCAAAUCCCCGGUGGUUUCAUCUCCAACAAGCUGUCCGCCAACAGGGUGUUCGGAGCUGCCAUUUUCCUGACAUCACUGCUCAAUAUGUUCAUCCCAUCUGCAGCCAGAACGCACUACGGCUGCGUCAUGUUUGUUCGCAUCCUUCAGGGCUUAGUGGAGGUAAGCAGAGGGGGGGGGGACCAAAUGUGAGGGAAAACAAUGAGUACACUCUCACGCUCCCGGCUCUAUUCAACAUUGUUUCCAGGAUCCUAUGCAGGAGCAGUGAUCGCCAUGCCUUUAGCCGGAGUGCUCGUUCAGUACGUCGGCUGGUCUUCGGUCUUCUAUGUUUAUGGUGUUUUUGGGAUAUUAUGGUACACGCUGUGGCUCCUGCUAGCUUAUGGAAGUCCUGCUGACCAUCCUACAAUCACAGACGAAGAGAGGACAUACAUAGAGUCCACCAUCGGUGAAACAAUGCACAAACUGAGUGUAACCGAGAAAUUCAAAACUCCGUGGCGUCGCUUUUUCACCUCCAUGCCUGUCUAUGCGAUCAUUGUUGCCAACUUCUGCCGGAGCUGGACCUUCUACCUGCUUCUCAUCAGCCAGCCAGCAUAUUUUGAGGAAGUAUUUGGAUUCCCCAUCAGCAAGGUGGGGAUCCUGUCUGCUGUCCCCCACAUGGUGAUGACAAUUGUUGUUCCUAUUGGAGGACAGCUGGCUGACUUCUUACGCAGCAACAAAAUCAUGUCUACCACUAACGUGAGGAAACUCAUGAACUGUGGAGGGUUCGGUAUGGAAGCUACUCUACUGUUGGUGGUCGGGUUUUCUCACACUCGAGGUGUCGCCAUCUCCUUCCUUGUGUUGGCUGUAGGCUUUAGUGGAUUUGCCAUCUCAGGUUUCAAUGUCAAUCAUCUGGAUAUUGCUCCUCGCUACGCCAGCAUCCUGAUGGGUAUUUCCAAUGGGGUGGGAACGCUGUCUGGAAUGGUGUGCCCGCUAAUUGUUGGCGCUAUGACUAAACACAAGACUCGUCUGGAGUGGCAGAAUGUCUUUGUUAUUGCAGCCAUGGUGCAUUACUCAGGGGUCAUCUUUUACGCUAUCUUCGCUUCAGGAGAGCAGCAGGAAUGGGCCAACCCUGAGAGCACAAGUGAGGAUAAAUGUGGCAUUAUUGAUGAGGACGAGCUGGCUGAGGAGUCAGAGCUCACUUGCGAGAACACGGUGGCUCCCAAAAAGACUUACGGAACAACAGACAAUUCGUCCGGUCGAAAACAGGGCUGGAAAAAGAAGAGAGGAGUUACCAUGCAAGAGGAGGAGGAGCAUUAUGAGAACGGGGACUACCAGGAGCGGUACCAGUGAGACAGCACGAGGGACAAAGGACUUAAAUUUUACAAAACUGAUCUGUGUCAGAAGCAGCAGCAUCAUAUGUACCUCAAGACACCAUCCUCUUUUUUUCAUCCUCGGUCAGCACAUCCAUUCAACUGUGAUAUAUGAAGAUUCAUUUAAAAAGAAAUUUGCAAACUGCUAAACUAAAACUUUUUUAAAAUCUCAAACCAGCUGAUACAAAAUGAACCAUCAAUAAAUAUCUGCUGAUAAAGUGACUCUGUCAUGACAUGUAUUAUAAAAUAAUAAGCUUAGUAAACCAUAGAAACCACAGAUCAAAACCAAUGGCUCAACUAGUGCUGUGUUAAAGGAACAUUAAAUACACAUAUCAGCUUCUACCCCUCCUGCACCCUGUCCCGAUCCCUUCCUUGCAAAUCCAUCUGUGCAAACCAUGACUCAGCUUAUGUAGCUUACUUUGAUAUGUGAAGGGUUUUGUGUCAGCUAUGCAAUGUGAAAAGAGGCGCACUGCCAGAAUGUAUCGAUGGGUUUGACAGAAGAUCAUAGUUAAUGUACCGAGUCUCACUGUUUUUGUUGCUUGUAUGUAUUUGCUGUUGCUGAAUGACUGCACCCUGUCACCGCUUUACUCGCUCUCUUUGUCUGAAGCAGUCUUAGUUCACCAUCUGUUUGUGAUGCACUAAUAUAUCAGCUUCAUUAUUUAUGGAGCUCUGAGCUCAUAAUGGGACAAAAUAGGUG